CGGGCCGAAGAGUAAGGACCAUCGGCGGCCCCCCACCGGCAAUCGUGCUAUUCAGUCGGCCUGGCUACGUUCCUGACUGGGAAAAAAGGGUUUUCUCCGGCCGUUACCCCGAGGAGCCAUUGGCAAUUUUGCCAUUAUCAUUUGUGGGCUUCGCCAAGCCGUCCGCCGCCACUCGACCACCACCGCCGCCGCGGCGCCGCCGACGCCGACCACAACCACUCGCGGUUACUACCGCCUCCGCCCCCCGCUGCUUCUCGUCUCCGCGCAGCCGUCCGAUGGCCAAGCGGCUCGCCGGCGCCGACAAAGAGGUGCUCGUCGAGGUGGUGAGGUUCACGCAGAAGAGCGGCCUGAGGGGCUGUGACGGCGGCUGGAAGGAUUUCCUGGCCCGGAACGACAGGAAGUUUGGCGCGUCGGUCAGCGACCCCAGGAAGCGCUCCAGGGAUGUGCUGCUCGCCUUCCUGCAGACCUUCCCCAAGGAUUUCCAGAAGUACUUCGGCAAAUUAGUGAAGCGUCAUAAUGAAAGAAGUGCUGUUCAGCAGUAUGUGGCUGAUUUCCCCGACGAAGUUUCUCCCCAGCAGAAACUUGUUCAACUGACGGCAGAGCACCCAGAGUACAGAAAACACUACUGCUUCCCAUCGUACCAGGAGGCGUCGAAAGUAUUGCAGAUAGAUGUCUCUAGUUUAACGAGCUCAAGUGCUAUGUUGUCAAUUGACUGUGAGAUGGUCCUUUGCAGUGAUGGCACAGAGGCUGUGGUCAGAGUAUGUGUUGUAGACGACAAGCUUAAGGCUAAGUUGGACAUACUUGUAAACCCAUCGAAGACUGUUGCUGACUAUAGGACACACAUCACUGGUGUAUCUAAGAAGGAUUUAGAAGGAGUCACAUCAUCAUUAGUUGAUGUUCAGAAAUCGCUGAAGAGAAUGUUAUCCAAAGGAAAUAUUUUGAUUGGCCAUAGCUUACAUAGAGAUUUAUGCGCCUUAAAGAUUGAUUACUCUCAAGUUAUUGAUACAGCAUACAUAUUUAAGUAUGCAAAUUUACCAACUACUGCAUCACCUUCCUUGAACAGUCUGUGCAAGGCUAUUUUGGGGUAUUCAGUUCGAGAAGAAGGAGAACCACAUAAUUGCUUGAAGGAUGCAGAAGCUGCGAUGAAUCUAGUUCUUGCAAAGCUUAAGAAUGAGUUUAAUGACCCCAUUGAAAUUGCUGCAAGUAGUGUAACUGAAUCUGAUGUGGUGAAGUUGCUCGCUCAUAGAAUUCCAGUGUACCUGCCUUGUCAAGAGCUGUGCAAAAUUUUCUCUGGGAACCCCAAUAUUGAUGACAAGAUUGAUUCGAGAAUACGAGGUGAAUUUUAUUCCACAUGUAUUUCAUUCAAUGACGUAGAUGAGGUGGACAAGGCAUUUGAAGAACUGGAUGGCCAAAAGACCAAGGACUCAGGUGGGAGACUUCAAAAGCAUGUACUGCUGAAGCUUGACAAUGGAGAUGUCGUGAGCUUCUAUGUUCGGAAGAUGGUAUACGAUUCCUGGCCCAAACAGAUCGAAGUUCCAAGGAAGAGACCAGAGCCUACUGAGGAUCCAGAGCCAAAGAAAGAGCAUGCCAAGGGGGUUCAGCAAAAGAAGAGAAAUAACUUUGUGAGAGAUACUGAGGAUCCAGAGCCAAAGAAGAGACCAGAGCCUAUUGAGGAUCCAGAGCCAAAGAAAGAGCAUGCCGAGGGGGUUCAGCGAAAGAAGAGAAGUAAAAAACACGCAAACAAGGAAGAUACUGAGGAUCUAGAGCCGAAGAAGAGAUCAGAUCCUACUGAGGAUCCAGAGCCAAAGAAGAGACCAGAGCCUACUGAGGGGAUUCAGCAAAAGAAGAGAAGUAAAAAACAUGCAAAGGUUCAGCAAAAGAAGAGAAGUAAAAAACACGCAAACAAGGAAAAUGAGUUGAUGGUGGAAUGAAUAAACUUCGUGAGAGAUACUGGGAUAUUCCUGUCACUAAUGGAUGCCAAGAGAUUGGCGAUGCUUGUAUUCUUUGAGAAGAGGUUAUCGUGAGGUGUUUGGUCAUGACUUUGGGAAACCCCUUUGAAGGGUGGUUCUUGGCUCGGCUUCUGACCAUGGGGAACCUAGCUCCUUUACCAGAUAGCAUGCCAGUUUACCUCAUCCCCAAUCAUGCUUUCGUUAAGCUGUGUUUCUGCUACAUUGCUAAUGGUCCACUUUACUAUCUGCUAGGGUUCAUUUUCUUAAUCCAUUACACUGACAGAGCUGUGUGUGGUUCAGAAAGUAGGAUAUUGUUAGGGAAUUUUGUUUGAACAGAUUUGACUGCUAUUUUGGGGUAAUGAUUUUGCUCCAUUUUUUCUCUCU